GGAGCGGGAGAGAUUUCUUUAUAAUAUAAUUUUAUUUUUGGGGAGAGAGGAAAAAAAAUAACACCCUGGAUGAAAAUGGCUGCUGUUUGAUGGAGACUACACGAUGCUGGACUGGGAAAGGAUGAUGCACUAAUUUGCAACCACCGAGCAUGGAUGAGGAUUACGUGGUCCGAGUGCGAGCAGUAGUGAUGACCCGUGACGACUCCAGUGGAGGAUGGGUGCCCCUGGGAGGAGCAGGCCUCAGCCACGUCACCAUUGGCCGGGCGGUGAGGUCGGACGCCAACGGCCAGGGCGGCUUCCUGAUCCGCGGUGAGCGCCUCCGUGACCAGGCGGUGAUCUUGGAGUGCUGCCUUAAGAGGGACCUUGUGUACAACAAGGUGAACCCCAUCUUCCACCACUGGAAAGUGGACGAGGACAAAUUCGGCCUCACGUUCCAGAGCCCCGCCGACGCAGUCAGCUUUGAGAGGAGCGUUCAGAGCGCCAUCGAGGAACUGGCCGAAGGGUCUCUGACCUCUUCCUCACCGAGUCAGGGAGGAGCUGACGCCGCCGAGGACAUCACUGCCACGCGCACGGACAGCGAGUCAUCGUCCAACAGCAGGAAGGAGAUGCUCCCGAAACACAUCACCAUAGUAACCAGCGAAUCGUCCUGCAGCUGCUAUAUCCGGUCUCCCGUCUCCGAUGAAUUCUGGCUCAGUCACACCGAGGCAGACACGCCACACGGCCAGGUCCCCGGCAGGACGUCCCGGCCAGACGAGGAGGAGGAGCUGGAGGCCAUCAACCCCUGCAAGGAGCCGUGGGUGGCCAAGGGCUAUGAGGACUACCGCAGGGCCGCCCUGCACGGCCAUCCAGGCGAGCAGGACAAGCCGGAGCUGAGCGUGCACUUCGCCAAGGGCGAGGCGGGGGAGGGCGCCGGCGGCCUGUCCGAGUGCCCACCGCGGGGCUCGCCCGCCUGCCGGGUCCGCGGCGCCGCCGCCUCCUCGCCCUGCCUGAAGAAGGCGGGCGCCGCCGCUGCCGCCGAGGAGGACGCCGCCCCGUCACGCUGCGUGUACUGCCGCGGCGUGUUCCGCGACCGCGAGAACGGGUGGGGCCGCUGCCAGGACGCGCCCGACCCCGGGCAGCGCUGCGUGCACCAGCUGAGCUGCAUGUGGUGCGCUGAGAGCCUGCUCUACCACUGCAUGGCCGACUCGGAGGGCGACUACUCGGACCCCUGCUCCUGCGACACCAGCAGCCGCCACUUCUGCGCCCGCUGGCUGGCACUGGCCGCCCUCUCCCUCCUCGCCCCCUGCAUGUGCUGCUACCUCCCGCUGCAGGCCUGCCACCGCUGCGGCGAGCGCUGGGGCUGCUGCGGGGGCAAACACAAGGCCGUGCGCUGAGCGG